AUGCCCCUCACCUUCGCCCUGUACAACAGGACCUGCCGUCAGUCCCCACAUGAAGACAGGCACCUGGAUUUCGUGCCCCAGUUCACCACUAACAUACAGCACAUCCAAGGUACCAACAAUCAGGCUGCGGACGCCCUAUCCAGAAUAUCGAUAGCCAUGGUAAGUGCCAGCAACAGCCCUAUCAACUUCCAUCUAAUUGGCAGGGAGCAGCAACAGAACAUUUCUCUCUCCAAACUUACCGACACCAUUCUCUGCUACACCUCGCUGGGCCGACCUCGUCCUUACAUCCCGCUAUCACUCAACUGGCAGUUUUUCAAGGCUUACAUGCUCAUCAGGGAAUCCGCGCAACUGAGGACCUUAUCCGCGGCAAAGUCAUUCCUCGAACCAGACGGCCGCUUCGAACAUGUUCACCUUGAUGUGGUCAGUCCUCUCCCAGACGACCAGGGUUACAGCUACGUCCUGACGAUGAUUAAUCAGUUUACCAGGUGGCCUGAGGCCAUGUCCAUCUAG